CCGGCAUUGGCCGGUACUUCCGGCGCGGCACGCCUCUACCGGUCGCCUGCCGAGUGGACGGAGUGCGGUACCAGAGCCCAGCCCGCCUCCCAGCACCUGCUGCGGGCGCAGCAACACCAUGGAGCGCCUUGAUAAAGCGGCACUGAAUGCGCUGCAGCCGCCCGACUUCAGAAAUGAAAGUUCAUUAGCAUCUACCCUGAAGACGCUCCUGUUCUUCACAGCUCUAAUGAUCACUGUACCUAUUGGGUUAUAUUUCACGACUAAAUCUUAUGUUUUUGAAGGCGCCUUUGGGAUGUCCAAUAGGGACAGCUAUUUUUAUGCUGCUAUUGUUGCGGUGGUCGCCGUCCACGUGGUGUUGGCCCUCUUUGUUUAUGUGGCCUGGAAUGAAGGCUCACGACAGUGGCGUGAAGGCAAACAGGAUUAAAUUGAACAUCACCUUUUGAUAGCAUUAAAUUGAUUUUUAAAAGUGGUAAAUGUGUCUGGGAUAUUGAUGAUUUCAAUAAAGUUGAGAACAUGUUAAAAUCAAUCUGAAGGAGUCACAUUUGACUAGUGUAAAUUUUGAUCCUUCUAAUACAAUGAUUUGUAUCAUCAGUUUUAACUGUAUGAGCCUCUUAUUUGCAAAUGAGCAUUUGGAAAAGUUAAGUUGGUCACAAAUAAGUAUGUU